CUUGGCUAGCUCAGCUCGUACCCCCCCUACCUCUCUGCCUGCUGUGCUGCCCCGGCCCCGAUCCUGAUUUCCUCAGUUGACGCCGAGGCCCGAGAGGAGACACCUGCGCUAGCUGCAGCUGCAAACCGUGCGCCCCCGUCUUCCCCAGAUCCGGCGCCGCCGUCCUUGUCCACCCGCAGAGAUCGCUCCGGGGACAGCCGAGCAGAGCUGACUCUGCUUGCGGCUUGCCCGUUUCUUGGUUGCUUUUGCUGGCGUGAGUGCGGGAGGAGCGGUUGGUUUGAUUCUCUCUGUCUCUCCCUCGCUUGGUGCGCGCGGGGGUGCGUGUGCACUGCACGUACCAUGAGAAAAUGAUGCGCGCCAGGCCCAAAUGUACAUUCACCGACGCGAUGAGGGAGAGCUCUCCUCCUCCUCCUGCUGCUGCUGCAUCGGCGGCGGCGGUGAAGGAGGACGAGUGGGAGGUGCGUCCGGGCGGGAUGCUGGUGCAGAGACGGAGCCCCGACGCCGACGCCCCCGCCGGGGCGCCCGUCCCUACCAUCCGCGUCAAGGUCAAGUUCAACGGCGUCUACCACGAGAUCUACAUCAACUCGCAGGCAUCCUUCGGUGAGCUGAAGAAGAUGCUGUCGGUGCGGACGGGGCUGCACCCCGAGGACCAGAAGCUGGUAUACAAGGACAAGGAGCGGGACUCCAAGGCGUUCCUGGACAUGGCCGGCGUCAAGGACCACUCCAAGAUGGUGCUGCUCGAGGACCCCGCCGCGCAGGCCAGGCGCCUCCUCGAGCAGCGGCGCGCCGACAAGGCGGAGCGGGCCGCCAAGUCCAUCUCCCGCAUCAGCCUCGACGUCGACAAGCUCGCCACCAAGGUGUCGGCGCUGGAGACUAUCAUCGUCAGCAAGGGCGGCAAGGUAGCGGACGCCGACGUGGUCGCCCUCACCGAAGCGCUCAUGAACGAGCUGGUCAAGCUGGACUCCGUCGCCGCCGAGGGCGAGGUCAAGGUGCAGCGGCGAAUGCAGGAGAAGCGGGUGCAGAAGCACGUGGAGACGCUGGACGCCAUCCGCGCGAAGAACGCGGCGGCGUCUGCCAAGGCCAACGGCAGCAUGGACGUGGACGGCCACGCCAAGGCCCGCGCGCCGCACCGCCCGCCGCCCGUGUCGCAGAGGCGGAACUUCCAGCAGCCUUCCCCGGCGCCGCCCGCGCAGAGCUGGGAGUCGUUCGACCUGCUGUCGUCGGUGCCGUCCACGUCCUCGGCCGCCGUGACCACCACCUCGCCGGCCGUCGCCUCCUCGAUCCCGCGGUUCGACUGGGAGCUCUUCUGAAGCCUAUUCGGUGCGUGACGGUUGAUCGAUCAGACGACCUCAGACGGUACAUCGCUUGUCCAUGGAUUCUUUCCAUUUCUUUUCCCCUAUCCCUCCUCCUCUUCUUCUUCUUCUUCCAUUUCCUAUCCCUCCUCUUCUUCUUCUUAUUCUUCUUCUUCCAUUUCCUUUCGAUUUGUAUAUCUACAACAAAAAAAGAACAGAGACCGACCCCGGUGCGGUGAGAGUACAGUGUUCAGUGAGUCAAAGUCCGUCGGUUCACAGCUACUACUCAUGAGGAUCCUCCAUCCAUGCAUGGCGUUGUCUAGUCACACCCAAAUAAGAUGAGGAAA